AAAGAAGAAGUAAACGGAAGUGAGCAGUGACUGAGAACAAGUUCCACGUUAGCGUUUUUAUUGUUAUUUAGACGCGUAUUAAUAACACCCUGGAACUCAACAUAUGACUCCUUUAGCUGCACAGCAUCACAUACAUGGUACUGUUUAAUUCGCGUUAGAGACAGGACUUGGUUGAUAUAUGUUAUCUAGGUAACGCUAGCUAGCUGCUAACAAUGUCAAACUGUAUGGUUUUUCACACUCAAAUAGCCUCCGUCAUGGAGGUGCUAGCAAAUGCAGCCGUGGCAGAGAUCUGUAAACUCGUAGACGACGACUAUGCAGUGUUUCGUUUGGAAAUAACUCAAAGCCAGAAAGAAAACAGGGGAUUACGGAGGAAACUACAGCUGCUGGAAUUGAAGGUGGCACGGGAACGCGCAGAGAGAACCAAUAGGGUCAAGAUCCUCGACCGACACGGAGCAGGAAUGCCAAGAGGUGAAGGACAUCUCACUGGAGGCCACAGGAGCUUUGUGAAUCCAGUGGGACACCAUACAUGGAGAGAUGACCAACCAAUCACUGUUGAUGAGGGGAGUGGAACCUCAACCCAGCACGUUAUCAUGAUAGAGUCUGCAGAGGCUGCAGGUCUUGGUGUCAAGCAGGGUCGGACUGAAGAAGAGGAGCCACAACACAGCAGAGACAUCCAGACUGGAGUACCCCCUGUAGCCACGGAGGACCCCACCCCUGUCGCUCGACGAAGCAUCACGGAGGAGGAGGAGGGUCUGGAGGUGCUGCUGGUGAAGGAGGAGGGGUGUGAGGAGGGUCUGGUGAACCCUGAGGGUACCAUGGUCAUGGAGGACAACCAGACAAAAACUCCUCCAGAACCCACAGAGGAACCAGCUGAAGAGCACAGGACCACAUACAGUCUCACUGAGCCAGUAGACAUGGAGGAUGGGAAGCCUGAUCUACUGCUAGUCAAAGAGGAGGCAAUAGAAGACGGACCAGAGAGCAUUGAUCUGCUGAGUGGACUAAAGAUGGGGGAUCAAGGUGGUUGGCAGGAGGCUAACAGAGGAGACUGGGUGGCCAUCUUGGAUUCCCAGACCCAGACAGGUGCAGCUAAGGCUCUAGGGAACAACAUCACUGAGCAGGCCAGGACCAGAGGUGGCAUAGUGGAGGUCAGUGGAUGGGACAGCAUCCUCAACUCUGGGCUGGGGAACAACACUGUUAACCACAACCAGAAACAGACAGUGGAACACAAAACAACUGAACAUAGUCUCCAUGACAACAGAAUGGCUGAGACUAGGGCGAGGCGUAGAUUUGGUCUGCAGGUACGAGGUGGUGUCCGUAUGGGAACAGACACUGACUCGGCUAGCGAUGCUCCGUCCUGCUCCUAUAAUUGUGAUUCAGAGAGACUGAUGACGCCUCAGGUUAACCCCCUAACAGGUGCUGCCUUCAGCCUGCCUUCUAUAGGAUCUAUCAACUGGAACAUGGACCCUGCAACAGCACAGACACUCCCUGGCCUUCAUUCUCCUCACACUCUCCUGUUAAACCAGACCUCAGACAAUGCCAGUGCCUCAACACUGAAUGGCUACACAAGCCCAUUGACAAAUGACAGUAGUAGCAAUGCUAUCAGUAGAUCUGGUGGCAAAGAGAAGCGCUUCCCGUGUUCGUUCUGUGGGAAAGCCUUCAGUUUCCCCAAACAGAUGGAGAUCCACCAGAGGAUGCACACAGGGGAGAAACCUUUCGGCUGCCACCUUUGUCGGGCCAGUUUUUCACAAUCAUUCAGCCUGAAGAGGCACCAGAGAGUCCACACAGGGGAGAAACCCUACAGCUGUCCCCAGUGUGAGAAGAGGUUCUCCCACCAGCACCAUUUGAAGGUGCACCUGAAGAUCCACACGGGAGAGAGGCCAUUCGCCUGUACGCACUGCGGGAAGAGGUUCUCAGAGAGGAGAUAUCUCAGGAUACACCAGCAGCAAAUGCACAUAGCCCAUGUAUAGAGUACAGUGACAUGUAUGUAGUACUAGUUUGUUUGUUUGUUUAGUUAAUUCUGUUGAUUUUGGAUGUAGUAGGGAACUGGAUGAGGUGAACUGAGGAAAGAAUGAGUAUAAUGUGUGAUGGUGUCUGUAAAAAAUCUUUCACUGAUUAAGACUAACAAUUUUGUCCUGUUUUGAAAUGAGGAAAUUAUUUGGCCUUAUGUUUACUUGGCAUGAAGAAGUGAAGCUGUGUGUAAUGUUGAACUUUUUCCAAAGCAUUCUAAAAUGUAUUUCAUCAAAGCGAGGUUUCCAGAUUUACAGAAAAGGUACUGUUCACUUUUCUCACUAUGGUUUCUACUUGUCACGUAUCGUUUUUUAUAAUAAAAGUACUGAUCUGAACUUGCACGUAUGCGAGCGUAUGACCAUUUUGUUGAAAUUAAAUACAAAAUUGACUCUGUGCUGACUGACUUGGUUAUUUUUUGGUCAUUGCAGGGACUGAGUUUUCCUUAGCUCAGUCGGACCAAAACAUUAUACUUAAUUUUUAAAUGAACACUUUUGGAUAUUAUUUUUUUUACAAUAAACUCUAAUGGCUCCAUAUUGUACGGUACUUGAAUCAGUGUUAGAGGCUUGACUGUGGUUAAUAUUUCAUAUGUCAUAAUAUUAAUAUUAUAUAUAUAUAUGUUAAGAGUUUAAUAUAUAAACCUUUAUGCUUUUCUGUUCAAUGUGUUUUACAGUCUGCAAUCCGUGAUGACCUGCUGAUAUCUAGUAUUGCUGGCGGGAGAGACUGGACCACUGAAGUGGCUGGCCACAAUCCCUGGCCCUGGAUCAAAAGCCUUCGCUCUUUCUUCCCGAGUCGGAACAAGGACCCAACCGCGAGUGACCGAGACUUCAACACAACCAGUGGACAGGUGGACUGAACAACCUCCAGUCCUGGUGGUCAUCAGAGAGACAGAGGCUCCAGUCAGGGAUUCAGUCUCAGUGCAUGGUUAUCCCACAAAUACAAACAGGGGCAGGUUGAGUGUUCACCAUGAGUUACCUAGUCUAUAACACAGAACACAAUCCCAACACCCAGAGGUCAAGGAGGGAGCUCAAAGACUAACCCCCUGAAAGUGAUGGCUGCUGCUUCUACCUCUUCUGGUGUCAUUGGGUCACAACGUGGGAGGCUGAACAUUUGGACGGAUGCUGUCAAGCUGUAUUCCUGCCCUAAUUGUGGGAAGUGCUUUGCUGAGGCGCCAGACCGUUCACACCAAGGAGAGGCCCUUCAAGUGCAAACUGUUAAAGCUUCUCCUUCCAGAGUAGCCUUAUCAGACAUAGGAGUGUCCACAAUGGAGAGAAAUUGUAGCAGUGCGGCUUGAUGUACACUGGAUGUCUGGGAACUAUUCUUUAGCUAAAAUAUUAUAGUCAUCAUGUGAAGUGUCUUGGGGUUACAGGGUAAUCAACCACAUACCCCUCAUUAACCAUUUGGUAACUUGUCAUUUGAAACAUUUGUUCUUAGAGAGACAGUAAAUCUAGGCAAGAACAGGACAGUUAAAUUCACCUUACUGAGGUGAUGUAGAUGGAAUAAAGUCAUUUUAUUAUU